AUGUCAGAACCAGCAGAGCCAGCCCUCCCACAACCACCUCCUCCCGCCCCAGUACCGCGCUACCUAAAGAAGCGCACCGACUUCUCUGUCUUAGCAACGAAUCCGAAAUUUCAAGAGUUACUCAAAACACACCCAACACUACUCCCGUCACUCCAACGCGUAUACGCCAAGACGAUAAAGCCAGACCCCGAAGCUGAGAGCCGGCGGCGCAUGCUCGAACGAAACGCCUCACGAGGAAGAGGCAUGAGAGGAAGGGGCCGAGGUGCCUGGAGAGGUGGACGUGGAGGUUUUAAUGGAGGGCAGGAAAAGAAGGAAGAGUAUUGGACCCAGAAGAAGGGAGACAAGGACGCGAUGGAGGAGUUGAAAGGUAUAAGAGAAGGAGAGGGGAAAGAGGGAGAGAAAGACGCCAUGGCCGAGUUCGUUGGGUUGGUCGAAGAACUCUUUGGGCAGCAUGGGCAGGAUGCGAUGGAAGAAGUUUGA